GGCGAAUUUAAGGAGACGCCCACUUCCGGUCGUGCCCCCCGAACGCUUGUGAUGACCUCACUUACAUGUCGUACUGCUUUUUGAAAUUUGCAGAAAAACAAACGUCCGACAAGGAGACAAGAGAGACUGACAUGGCAGAGAGAAUGGCAGAGAUGGAGGAAGAAGACAUUGGGGACCUGCCAGCCGGAGAGGAUGACAAUGACUCAGACAGAGAUGAAGGUGACAGGUUGUUUGCUUGGAUGGUAAAUGACGAUAUGGACGAGGACGAGGAGGGAGAAGAAGAAGAAGAAGAAGAAGAUGAUGAUGAUGAUGAUGUGGAGGAUGAACAGCCCUUGGACACUGAAGCAUCUGAAUCGUUUGAGUUGGAUUCUCCAGCUGAGCGCAGUGGUCAUAUAGCAGUGGUGGACAGAAACAUCAUGUAUGUGUGGGGUGGAUACAAGAAUGCUCAAAACCACGGAUUCUUUGACUUGUACCUGCCGAGGAAUGAGAUCUGGACGUACAACAUGGAGUCAGGAGUAUGGACAAAGCACCUAGCCGGAGGUAACCUGCACACAUCCAUGUCUGGCAGCUGUGGGGUGUGUGUUGAUGGGGUCCUCUACCUAUUUGGAGGUCACCACGCCAGGGGAAACACAAACAGGAUUUACCGCCUGCCCCUGAGAGCUCCCAGCCUCGUUUGGGAGGAAAUGAGGGAUCUUAAAGGACUCCCUCCAUCCUGCAAGGACAAGCUAGGUUGCUGGGUUCAGAAGAACAAACUUAUAUUCUUUGGUGGCUACGGCUAUGCUGCACAAGGACCUCACCAAGGGACUUUUGAAUAUGAUGAAUCAUCUUCACUUGUGUGGGACAGCCCUGGGCGAGGCUGGAACAAUCACAUCCAUAUCCUGGACCUGGAGACCUCUACAUGGAGCCAACCCAUCACGACGGGGAACACUCCAUCACCCAGAGCAGCUCAUGCCUGUGCCACAGUGGGUAACAGAGGCUAUGUGUUCGGGGGACGAUACAAAGUAAGAAAAAUAAAACGAAGAAUGCAAGAUGUNNNNUACAUUGACCUGGACACAUGGGAGUGGCAUGAAAUGAGCGUUCCCCAGCAGGGUCCUGUGGGACGAUCUUGGCACUCCUUCACUCCUGUGUCACCAGACCACAUCUUCCUAUUUGGAGGUUUUACCACGGACAGAGAGACGCUGAGCGAUGCUUGGCUGUACUACGUGAGCAAAAAUGAAUGGAAGCCUUUCAAACACAGUCACACAGAAAGACCAAGACUGUGGCACACAGCGUGCUCCGGUCCGGAUGGGGAAGUGUUUGUGUUUGGAGGAUGUGCCAACAACCUGUUGUCUAACCACAGAGCUGCGCACAGCAACGAGUUACUGGUUUUCAACGUUCAGCCCAAAUCACUAGUUCGGUUCUGUAUGGAGGCCGUUCUACAGCACAGGGACCGUUUGUCCAGUUACUGGGACUGCUUGCCUAAACACCUCCUGCACAGUCUCAAAAAGAGAAUGUCACGCGUCAACACACUGGGCUCCUAGGCCACGAGGAAACCCAUCAAUCCAGUCCAGAGUAUUACAGGAGAAUAUGUGUGUACGGACAAGAUGAGCAGGUAGUCCUACUAGAGCAUUAGUUUAAUGUGUGUGGACACUUGCAUACAUAUAAAAAAUUAAAUCUCUAAGCAAUAGUGAACAGCUGUGGACCUGUUGGAAAUGGGUCCUGACUGGCACACAAUGGUUCACAGGCAAUCCUCAGUGCUGUUUAUUAUUUCUGUUAUUAGGUUGAACUCUUGCAAAGACGGUAAACCUUUUUAGUGGAGCAGCAGUGCUGGUGAUUCACAGCAUAUCGGAUCAGAAGCACUUCACUACUUUCGGGUUAGUUUUUGUUUCUGCUUCACCGCUAUACAUAAUUUUUCAGAUGGGCUUGUUUUAAUACUAAAUUCAGAAAGACCACUGAAAGAAACCCUGGGAGAGAAAACAUAGUGUCAUAUGGGGAAAAAAUAUUGUUUUGGAAAGGAGGCAAGACUUCAGCUUUGUGUUUCAGAAACUCUUAAUUUUCCUGCAGAGGAUUAUAAUACAUCCUGUAGGUAUACGGUAUAAGAGUUGUCCUUUUUAAACAAACACCUAAGUCAGUCACUUGUUGAAAUUCCUCAAAAUGGAACCAGCUUAAAAUAUGUCUGUCUUAACACUAAAUAAAGUGGUACAAGGCUGAAACAAGUCUGCUUCAACAGUGUUUGCUAGAUCUUGGAUAGUUUAAAUUCUCACAGACCUAAAACUAGUGCUUUGUUACGCAAGACUGUCUACUCUGAAGCCACAGAAAUAACAACUCAGAAGUAUUUCUGAUUUGAAAUGUUAAUUUUUUGUUUUUAUUUAUAUAUACAGUAUAUAUAGUAAUUUAUAUAUUUGUGAGGAAAUGUCUGGGUUCUUUGUUCUGACAGUGGCUUCUAAAGCCUUUACAUUGUCAUGAGUGGCUCCUGUAGCAUUUUAAUUUUAUUUCAUCGAAGACUUAAAAUACUGCGAGUGUAUUGGAUGUUGAGCCACGUUGCACUGAAAUGCCUCAUGCCAGUAGGGCUUUGUUUGUAUUUGCCUGGUUUGCACAAUGUUCCCUUGGUGUUUUUUAUUGUAGAAUACAAUGCAUACUGUUAAUUUGUACUCAAAGAAUAAACACAUACCAUAAGA